GUUCACCACAUGAAAGUCCUCGGAACCUGUCCCCAAACCAACAUGGUCACUUUGCUUUCCAGGCUAUUAGGAAAUGUGAUGGCAGGCGGUGGUCGUUUGCUUCUGUGCCGUCGUCAGGCUAUGGCACCAACACUCCUGGCAGCUCAAACAUGUCGUCCCGCUACUCCUCGCAGGAGCGCCUGCACCAGCUCCCGUCACACCCCACGGCCGAGGAGCUGCAUUUCCUGUCCAGCCACUUCGGCAGCUCGGAAAACAUUGCUACGUCCCAUGACGACAACGAGCUUCAUCCCCACGGCAACCUGCGGCCUCGGUCUCGAAGUUUGAGCCUAUCAUGGCUUGCACUAGACAGCCCAGCCCGUUCUCCUGGGGUGGAGUCAGAGAUUGUGAUGAUGAACAGUGUUUACAAGGAAAGGUUUCCAAAGGCCACAGCACAAAUGGAGGAGAAGCUGAAGACCUUUAUAGACAACAAUGCCACUCUGGAUUUAGCUCAAGAAUCAGAUGCUGUGUUAUGUUUCUUACACUAUCAGGUUCUGGAACUGGCUCGAGACUGCUUGAACAAGUCCAUGGAGAAAGUCGUAUCAAAAUCUUACUUCUAUGAAAUGCUGGACAACCUAGAGAAGCUGCUACAAGAUGCUCGAGAGAGAUCGUUGGAUGCCUACAAGAAUCUGUACCCCCUAGUCAAGCAGCUGUUGCUUAUUGUUUCCAGACCUCUGAGGUUGUUGGAGUGUCUGGAGUUUGAUCCAGAAGAGUUUUAUAUGCUUCUGGAAGCCGCAGAAGGUCAGGCUAAGCAGACUAUCAAAGCUGAUAUCCCCCAGUACAUAAUUUCAAAGCUAGGUCUGGCUGGAGAUCCACUGUCAGAAAUUGCACCAAUAGAUCACUUCGACACAUCUGAUCUUACUGAAGGAGAUAAGGAGGAAGAUGCAGAGUUUGAGGAAUCGGAAGUCACAUUGAACAAACCCAAACUGCCGUGUGAGGAUGACUAUGAGACAAUUAAACUGAUCAGCAAUGGAGCAUAUGCGGCGGUGUAUCUGGUGCGUCACAAAGAGACACGACAAAGAUUUGCCAUGAAGAAGAUCUGCAAACAGAAUUUGAUCUUGAGGAAUCAGAUUGAGCAGGUGUUCCUGGAGAGGGACAUCCUGUCCUUCACUGACAACCCCUUUGUUGUGUCCAUGUAUUGCAGUUUUGAGACUAAGAAACAUUUGUGUAUGGUGAUGGAGUAUGUGGAAGGAGGAGACUGUGCCACUCUCCUGAAGAAUGUUGGCUCUUUGGCUCUGGACUUGGCCAGAAUGUACUUUGCAGAGACAGUUUUGGCCCUAGAAUAUCUCCAUAGUUACGGGAUUGUGCAUCGUGACCUAAAACCAGACAAUUUACUGAUCACAGCACUGGGACAUGUAAAGCUGACAGACUUUGGGCUCUCCAAGAUUGGGCUCAUGAGCUUGACGACGAACCUCUAUGAGGAUGCCCUUGACAAAGAUUGUAAGCAGUUCCGAGACAAGCAGGUGUUUGGGACACCUGAGUACAUCGCUCCUGAGGUCAUCCUGAGGAAUGGCUAUGGGAAGCCAGUUGACUGGUGGUCAAUGGGUAUCAUCUUGUAUGAGUUCCUGGUGGGCUGUGUUCCUUUCUUUGGUGACACUCCAGAGGAACUGUUUUCACAAGUUGUUAAUGAAAAUAUUCAGUGGCCUGAUGAGGAAGACUGGCAAGUGAGAGAUGAUGCCAAGGAUCUGAUACUGGGACUACUCCAGCAUGAUCCCCUCCAGCGGCUGGGAACUGGUGGGGCCCAUGAGGUCAAAGAGCAUAUUUUCUUCGCUGGCCUCAACUGGGAGAACUUGCUGCGACAGAAGGCAGAGUUUGUUCCACAGCUAGACAACGAGGAAGACACAAGUUAUUUUGACAGCCGUGUUGACAGAUACAACCAUGAGCUGGAGGCCGAAGACACAGAAGACGAUGGUGAAGACUUGCUGUUCCACAGCUUCUCCUCCUGCUCGCCUCGCUACUCUCAGGUCUACAACCGAGGACUGGAACCCCUGAUUAACGAUGAGCUGAAAGAAAGGCGGCGGCACUCAAGCGCAGAUGAUUUCCGAGCUAGAGUGUUGGAGCGUAGAGCUCUAGAACGCAAGGACUCUAACUACUCGGAAGGCUCAGAUGGAUCAUUGGAGAUGAACAGAAGGAAAGACAGUGUCAUGUCUGAUAACACAGACAGUGGGGGCAGUGACAAGGGGCAUAGAGAAGAUGAAAUAUUUGCAGCUCAUGAAAGUAUGUUCAUUAACCCGGAGCAUAACUUAUUUGUUUACUAUUUCAGACGUGCCAGUGACAACUUGAGCAUAUCCGAUUCAUCUCAAACAGACAGUGACUCGUGCAACUCCCCACAGGCUACCAGGUCUAACAAACUACCCAUGAGAAAUGUCAUUCCCAAGUUUGCUAUUUCAUCAGAAGAAGACAAGCCCACUAGCCCUAAAGAUGAAUUUACAACUCCUAAAGCUUCAUCGCCAGGAGGCUCAAGCACAAGCUCAAGAGAUGCAUCUCCUAGUCGGGACACAUCCCCUCUCACUCGCAGCCUGAAACCACCAAUUAUACUCAAGAAGGGAGCUCGAGGAUUUGGCUUCAGUUUCAGAUCCAUACGAGUCUACAUUGGGGAGUCCAAUGUAUAUACUCUACAGCACAUUGUCACUGAGGUGGAACCUAACAGUCCUAGCUUUGAAGCUGGCCUGCGGGCUGGAGACUUGAUCACUCACAUCAAUGACGAAUGUGUACAGAGCCUGCUACACACACAGGUGGUUCAGCUGCUCAGCUCAGGGACUAUAGUUAACAUCCGGGCUGUACCACUGGAUAUGACCACCAUAAAAGAGGGAUCCCGGCGCAAGGGCAACCCAGGAAAGAUGGCCCGCCAGAGCCUCAAGAAGCGCCAGCAGAGAGAGAAGGCUCAGGAGAAAAAGAAAGGGAGAAAUCUCCUUCGUCGUUUGAGUAACAAGAAGGUAGAGCCUUUGUUUAUGCACGUGCAGCCUGGCAGGCAACAGUUCACACCUCUAAACAGGUCCACCUCUUCAAAUGAUACCACACCUCAACAACAUGGCAAGCUGGGUCACUCACCACCGAUCUCUAUGCCCUGGUCUCCAGACUCUUCCCAUGCGGGCUCUUCAACUUCAAGUUCUCCCAGCUCAAGCACUCCUAACUCGCCCGCCACACAGGCUGCAGCUAUUGCAGCAACUCACUUUGGCAGACCCAGCUCAUUGCAUGUGGUCAAGCAUAAGAAACCGACAAGUCUGAAGUCUCCACAUCGCCGAAAGUCAAUUCACAACUUCCCUCUCUCGCCUCUGGCCCGAACUCCGUCACCAUCAGCUACAGCCAGUUCCCCAGCCAGAAGUCCCUCUCCUCUUUCUCUGCCUCCAAGCCAUCAAGCUGGUAGCUCUAAUUUACCCCAGCAAACAGUUCCUUCUCUACUCAACACACACAGCUGUGUCCAGUACUCCUCCUCAGUUCCACUAUCUAGAAAGCCCUCAGACACACCUCCUGUAGUUAAAACUUCAAACCAUCCACUCUCAUCUCCAUUCCUGCCAGCCAAAAUUCCACUGGGCCGUCCCAAGAGUUGUGAACCAACAUCGCCAUUGAGGAGGCGCACAUCUUCGCCAGAGAGACUCCACCCUAGUUCAGCAAGCCAGCGGCCCACAAGUGCUGGAGUAGUCAUGGAUAAACUUCCCCCUCCGCACAGAAAGGCUUCCUUGCAGGAGAGAUCUCUAACAACUACACAUGCGGAGAGAGAACAGAAAUCAUGA